AUGAAAUCCAAAAAGAAAACACAGGAAAAGUCGUUCAAAAAGGCAGACAGGAAGAAGACUGAAAGACAAAAGACAAUAAAGAAGAUGAAGAAGGAGGAGGAGAAUUUAAGUCUGUACAUACAUAGGGUGUUGAAACAAGUGCACCCCGAAAUAAGAAUCUCCAAACAGGCCAUGAAUAUCAUGGACGAUUUUCUUCGUGACAUGUUCGAGAAAUUGACUAACGAAGCAUCACUUCUGGUAAAACGUCACGUCAAGCAAACCACUCUUUUAUCCCGAGAUAUACAAACUGCGACACGCCUGAUUCUACCAGGGGAAUUGGCAAAACACGCUAUUAGUGAAGGGACCAAGGCUGUCGCCAAAUACCUCACGAAUACUAACUAA